AUGGCCACAACGGGGGAUGAGUUGCGGUCGCUUGUGGAGCUUGUAUUUCGGCAGCGCCACGAGGAGGUGUUGACAUGUGAGAGUGUUGUCGUUAUUGGGCGUGGGGCGUCCAAUAAGGGAUCGAAGGCACGUCUACUGGCGUUGUGCCGUCCCUUUGCACCUUCCACGCCAUCGUCUCCAUCGUCUGUAUCGCAGACAACAUUGAAUGUUGUGCGAGUGGAAUCAGGGCGUGUGGUGAAGGUGAAGUUAGUGUUUGUUGUGGCACGCCUUGUGGAUGUGAGCCAUGACGGCAGCUUUGACGCUACUUUUAAUUUUGGCGGGAGUGGCAUGAUAUCCGUUGCCUUCGAGUCACACAUUCAACGGGAGAUGUUCGUUGCGGCCGUUCGUAAAGUGCAGCGUGACCUGCAGCCAAAUGUAACGACCGUCUCGAGGGAUGUGCGGGCAUUGUUGACCGAUGCACUGGGCGCCGAGGUGGAGGCGGACGCUGCGGCUCGUGUGAAGAGUCUGCGGCAUGAGAAACGCCGUGCUCUGACCGCGGAGGAUGAGCAGCGGCUGCAGCAUUUUCUUGGGCGACACGGUUUUGAUGACAUACGAAGCACAGAGAAGUCCCUGUCCAUGCGGCAGAAGGAGGCGGAGUUGUCGUCUGUGGAGGUACUUCUGGCGUCCGUUGGUGCAUGGGAGGUAGUGCGCUCCCGCAUUGUUGAGCUCGUUGGUGAUGUAGAGGAGCUUGAGUCCCGUAUUGCACAGUACUCACGGCAAAUUCUGUCCAAGAAGGAGCAAUUACAACGUAUUGAGCAUCAGAGCAACACAUUGCAGCGUAAACAACGGAAUUUACGAAAGUUACAUGAACAUCUUGAGGGUUUAUGCGGUCAAUUGAGCCUUCCGCCUCAAACGACUGCAUUAUUAUUGCGUCUUGCGAGCGUGAAAGAUGAGGAUUUGGUGGAUUUCUUUGCGGAAGGGAACAAUGCACAGGUGUUGUCGGUCGCCAUGAAACACAUGCGAUCUCUGUUGCAGAAUAAAAAAUUAGGGACGGAUUAUCCUAUAACAGCCGUGACGGAGCGUCGUGCAUUUUUCAUUGAGCAACGUCGUAUGAUUGCUCACCGUUCAAAGGCGUAUAUUCUUGCUACAAUUGGGAAGUACGAGACGACAUAUCUUGCAGACCGCACACGUUACAGCAGUAAGGGACAGCUUGUAUGGCGGAUACACUCGGAAUUAAUGGCACAAUUAGCAAAUAUCCGUGAUGUAAUUACAGCGCUGCUGUACAUUGAUCUAGAAGGUUAUAUUGCCGUGCUUCGUCGUUAUCGUGUGAGUAUGCAACGCAUUUACGCUUUGGAAAUGCACAAAUUUUUUAAACACAUGCGGACGCAUGUGAAGAAGGUUGGCUCCCGUGGCCCGUUUCUUCUUGGCACACGGGAUUAUUCCAUGGAUGAGGCACUUAACAGCCGGAUGGAGACAGCAACAAUAACAACAGCAGCAGGGGGAGAGACGCCGCGACGAUUGUGGGGCGUUGGUAGCAGCGUGGCUUCCACACCAGCUGCAAGUUGGACACUCACACCACAUACUGGCGAGGGAGAUGGUGGCGAAGAUGGAACAUUAUGCCUUGAGUUGCCUACAGCUCGAGAAGAAGGGUUGCGACUUUACGAUGUGGCGAACGUCCGUGCAGAUGCUGCCACUUCUGCCGCUACUCCUGGGACAACUCCCAAUGCUAUUCCUGCUGCUGCCACUUCUUAUUCUUUCACUUCCUUGGCAUCUGGAUGGACGGGCACUUUUGCUGGCAAACUCCGGCCCGAUUUAGCUCUUGCUAUGGUGCUUGAGACCACGUUUUCUGUUGUUCUACAGGAGAAGGAAACUUUACAGCAGUGUUUUGGGAUUAUAGAGAAGGCCCCAACGGAGGAUGACACGAGUGGUUUAUCAAGACCCUUCGAUGAUGAUCCUUUACUGGCAUGUGAGGAAAAUCCAGCGAAGUUAUUGAACGAGUCCUUGCUGGAGUUGUUUGGUGGCGACAAGUUAGUGCAGUUUCCGCCCAGCAAAGCGGGCGCUUCUUCUUCUUCUUAUUCCUGGCCGCAAGAUGGCGAUGUGGGAUUGAUUGGUGUAAACAAAAACAACAACAACAAACACAGUUGCAGUAGUACUAUCGGAAAUAACGCCGUACAGGCAGAAAAGGGAUGUUAUUUAUUAAGACAACUUGUGGGAAUUGCAGAGUACUGCGGGGAAAAGUGUGAUCGACUGUAUGCCGUACCGGUUAUGGCCAUGCUGGGUGCAUAUCGUCGUGACGGGACCCCGACUGCAGAAAGUUCCUUCUGCCAGAUUUUGCUUCAGGCUCUGGAGCAUGUCGUCUCCUCUACCAUUUCAAGGAGCAUCGCGGAGCAAACCACCUCGAUUGCCACCUGUCGAAAACGUCACGUGGUGGACCCCCGCGGGAUGUUAAGUUGCUUUACAAAACUGCCUGUUUUUAUACACCACAUGGAGACCGUACAUAACGCCCUGCCACCUGCCGUCUGUAACCGCAGCAAGUAUGCAUCGAUUACUCUGAGUUUUGUGGAUCAGACAUUUGAGGCACUUAAUUACAUCACAAACUUUGGCGGCACAGAGCCACGCAGGGAGAAAAAGUUAAGUUUUAUUGAGUCCAUUGAAAAACGGGCGAGUAGUUGGCUUGAGGGCCUUGACAACAACCCCGUCAAACGUGGUAUUAUUCAACAAUACCGCCACCAUGCAUUUUUCUGUACCUUUUAUACCUCCUUGCCAUCCACCGCGUACGCUGUAGAGCUCUUACGGGAGCGAUACGAGUCGUCACGAAGACUACGGGAUCAUUACGAGGAGGUUUACCUCACUCGUAUUCUACUUGUGAAGGACUUUCCAGAGUUUGGCAACUUUGCGCUUGUCGCCGAGGACCUCGCCCAGUCUCACUCGCGCGAGGAGCUGCGGCACCAUAACGCUCUCUCAGUUGAGGCCAUGGGCCGUAUUCUACAAUGUUUACCGCGGGAGGUGCGUAGCGGCAUUUCGUCCAGCUCUCGUCGCAUGAAAAAACAUUUUCUUCGCGAUGUUGCGGAUCGAAAGGAGGAAAAAUUGUUUCAUUGCGCACUUCUGCAGCAUGUCUGGCAGCAUUUCUCCACAUUACUCCUGCAGAAGAUUGAAUUCUUGGAGACAUUGCUUCGUUGGCCUUUGUAUGCGGGAAUGGAAAUGACCAUCACGCGAGCCGAGGUGCUGUCGCUCCUGCAGGCGGCCUGA